GGGUCGAGCGCGAGGCUCUCCGAGGCGCCUCCCAUCGUCAGCGCAGCCGUCGGGGAAGAGGGGAGCCUCGGGGGUCUGGGGAAGAGCCGAGGCCGUCCAGCAGGGGAGGGCACCUGAGGUUGCCUGAGCAGGGGCAGCGGAGCCCUUCGUCUUCGUCCUCGCAUCUCUGCUCUUCGAUCCGUCGGAGCGGCUGCUUCUGACCGUCCUGGCGCGCGCGGCUCUGUUGCUUUUGGUUUCCCUUUUGGAUGGCACCCUGGCUCUUCUGAGGAGAGUCGGAUAAAGGAAGGAGGGGAGAGGGAAGGGUGUUGAAACGAAGGAAGUUCGGAGAAGCCCGCCUCUGCCUUCCCUCUCGCUAAACCCACAAACAAGCCAGCCGGAAAGUCCGAAGAAGCUGCCAAGAGGGAGUGUGACAGAGAGGCUCGCCCGGUGGUGGUGGUGGUGGAGGAGGAGGAGGAGGAGGAGGAGAAGCGCCUUUGCCCUCCCAUCGCUCGUCCUGUCCGCCCCUCUGCUGUACCCACCUUUCCUCCUCCUUCCCUUCCCUUCCUCCGAGGCGCCAGCAAGCCGGGCUAAUGAUGGCUUCAACCGCAACCUGCACCAGGUUCACCGACGAAUACCAGCUCUUCGAGGAGCUUGGAAAGGGGGCAUUCUCAGUGGUGAGAAGAUGUAUGAAAAUCACUACAGGACAAGAAUAUGCUGCCAAAAUUAUCAACACUAAAAAGCUAUCAGCAAGAGAUCACCAGAAAUUGGAAAGAGAAGCUAGAAUCUGUCGCCUUUUGAAGCACCCUAAUAUUGUGCGACUUCAUGACAGCAUAUCAGAAGAAGGAUUUCAUUACUUAGUCUUUGAUUUAGUCACUGGAGGUGAAUUAUUUGAGGAUAUCGUUGCAAGAGAAUAUUACAGUGAAGCAGAUGCAAGUCAUUGCAUUCAGCAGAUCCUGGAGGCUGUGCUACACUGCCAUCAGAUGGGCGUAGUCCAUCGGGACUUGAAGCCUGAAAACUUGCUUCUAGCUAGCAAGUCAAAGGGAGCAGCUGUAAAACUGGCAGAUUUUGGAUUGGCUAUCGAAGUGCAAGGUGAACAACAGGCCUGGUUUGGUUUUGCCGGUACACCAGGAUACCUUUCCCCUGAAGUGCUACGAAAAGAUCCUUAUGGAAAGCCAGUGGACAUGUGGGCCUGUGGUGUUAUUCUCUACAUUCUUUUGGUGGGAUACCCUCCUUUUUGGGAUGAAGAUCAACACAGACUCUACCAACAGAUCAAGGCUGGUGCUUAUGAUUUCCCUUCACCAGAAUGGGACACGGUGACUCCAGAAGCCAAAGACCUUAUCAACAAAAUGCUUACAAUCAAUCCUGCCAAACGUAUCAAUGCAUCAGAGGCCCUCAAACAUCCAUGGAUCUGUCAACGUUCUACUGUUGCUUCUAUGAUGCACAGACAGGAGACUGUAGACUGCCUGAAGAAAUUCAACGCAAGAAGGAAACUUAAGGGUGCCAUUUUGACAACUAUGCUGGCUACAAGAAAUUUCUCAGCAGCCAAAAGUUUAUUGAAGAAACCUGAUGGAGUGAAGAAAAGGAAGUCCAGUUCGAGUGUUCAGAUGAUGAUAAACAACAAAACCAACGUAGUAACCAGCCCCAAAGAAAAUAUUCCUACCCCGGCGCUGGAGCCCCAAACCACUGUAAUCCACAACCCAGAUGGAAAUAAGGAAUCAACAGAGAGCUCCAACACAACCAUUGAAGAUGAAGAUGUAAAAGCUCGUAAGCAGGAGAUUAUCAAGGUUACGGAGCAACUGAUUGAAGCUAUCAAUAAUGGGGAUUUUGAAGCCUACACGAAAAUUUGUGAUCCAGGCCUUACCUCAUUUGAACCUGAAGCUUUGGGAAAUCUUGUAGAGGGAAUGGACUUCCACCGGUUUUACUUUGAAAAUGCUUUGUCUAAGAGCAACAAGCCAAUCCACACCAUUAUCCUGAAUCCUCAUGUCCACCUUGUGGGUGAUGAUGCCGCCUGCAUUGCAUAUAUACGGCUGACUCAGUAUAUGGAUGGAAGUGGAAUGCCAAAGACUAUGCAGUCAGAAGAGACGCGAGUCUGGCACCGCCGUGAUGGAAAGUGGCAGAACGUUCACUUUCACCGUUCAGGAUCACCAACAGUACCUAUCAACUAAUUGUCCGUGAUGCCACGUUGUGUGUCCUCCGCACUCUGCACUUGGUUGGCUGCCAUCUUGGCCAUCCGUUUGCCCUCUUCAUGCAUGUUCUUUGAAUGCAUGAAGCUGUGAAGUUUCUACAUGUGAUACAUUUAUGAUGCAUCAUUUUGUUGUAUAUUCCAUUGGUACCUUUUGUUUACACUUCAGUGAAGGGGAUGUUCCAUGCAAAUUGAAAAUGGAAGUACAAGACAAAAGAGAAGGCAGGGGGGAGUUGAAAUGCCAGAGUAUAUGCAGAGUAUAUGUCUCAUGCCAAAUUAUGAAAAACAUCUGCAUUUGCAACGGAUAGAAAUUGCAAGUUAAAAAAAAAACACCUUAUUUUAAUUUACACAAUAUUGCUUUCUAGCUUACUUGCUUUUAAAGAUGAUUGAAUAUUACUUUGGUCAUAGUAGAAAUAAUGAAAUUUUUACUAACAGCAGCUCUGUUAUGGGUAGAAGUACUGACAAAGACCAAAGCAUUUCUGUAGGGUUGGGGUCAUGGGGAGUCAUCUCUGCUAUGAGUCACUGUGUAUAAACUGGAAAAAAAAUGGCAUAAUUUGCCGAGUUGACCUCACCAGAAUUAUCUGUCACUGUUCUUGUCUGGUCAGCAAGACUUUGUUUUUUAAUCAUUACUUUGGCUUUGUUGUUCUAACUACAGGAGAAAAACGAUAUUUUGAAGUAGUUUUUCUAGUUUGACAUGAGCCAAGCAAUGAACAGAUAUGAGACAGUUUUAGGUGGCUAAAGGGUAAAAUAAAAUGUUGUUUUUUAUCAUUUUAUGGAUGUACAGUACAUUUAUUAAAGCAAGUUGUAGAGGAUUUUUUUAACUGAUGCUCUAGUUAUGUGUGGUAAUGUAGGACAAUUAGGCCUUAAAAGCUUAGUAACAGAAGUUUACUUGUCUACAUAUUUUGUGUAGCAAUUUAUUACCUUUAAAAAAAAACUACCAGGAAAACAUACGUUUUCUAAUAGUACAAUCAUGCUUUUACCAUAAUAAUUUUAUCCGUUUUCUCAUGGCUUAUCAAGAGCGUUGAAUGCUGUGCAAUAAAGCAAUUAUUGCAUCUUUAUUAACAUCUGUUGCUGCACAUAUACCUGCAAAACAAGCAGGAAUAUAUUCCGUGUCAAUUUAGAACAGGUUGCUCAGUUGCUGUUUGAUUGCUUCCAUUGUGUAGAUGUGAAAUUAUAUCCUGCAAACUCAUUAUUCCCCUCCUUUAAAAAUUAAAAUAUAAAAAUCAGUUUUUCCUUUGCUUUUUAAAGAUUUUUUAUUAUUAUUCUCUGUUCGGUUAACUGUGAGGCUAUCAGUUUUCUGUAACACUGUAUAGCGCAUGAUACUUUGAUCAAUGUUCUUUUUAGUAAAUAAAAUUUACAACUUGCAGCAUCAUGAAUUUUUUAAAGCAGAGAAAGAGGGGGGGAAGUCCCAAUUUGUAUAACUUUCACCUCUCUUUAUUGAUUACUAAUCAAAAGCAGAUCUAAUUCUUUACAUUUUGAUGUUGUUCCUAGUAAACAUAUGUUAAAGGAAUUCAAGUUUCUCUGGUGAUAAUUAAUAUAUACUUUCAACCCAUGGCAAUAUUUAUAGCAAGCAUCUACAGUAAAUGUCUUGAGGCAUAUUAACCUGCCAGUGAGUUCUGUAAAAAAAGGAAAUGACCUCAUGCAUUUUGUUUUUAAAUAAUAAUGUCUUCUUUUGCAAAGCAGCUUUAGGUGGUAUAAGUGUGUUUACAUUUAACAAAAUUAGGUGUAGAUUUUUCUUUUUCUUUUUUACACCUUUUACCAUAGCAUGUGGUGUUGCCAUAUUAUUCUAGGUCAAGUCUGUCUUCCACACUGAGAUGUGAGAAAUAUCGUGUGAGUUAGUUCUCUGCACUCCAAUUGAAUUAUACACCUAAUCUGUUGUCAUUUCAAAACACUGCAGUUUACCAUGAGACACAGUGUGUAAAUAUAUAUAUUUCUUGCCAUAAUGGUAAAGAACUGACGGAUAUAUUUAAAAAUUAAUAAAUUUGUGAUUUCUGCUGACA